UGUUGCUCUUCUCACUUCAUCAACCAUAUCUCCUGCUUGAGGAAUCAUAGUAUUCAUUUUGCGCCGGCUGACCGAUUACUUGUCGACUGUGCAACCCAAUACGACGUUGACAAGAGACCUCUCAACUCAUCUGACCAUCGUCGUCCUGAUCUACUCACACCUUGCCCUUCUGAUCUAGGCCCAUGUUCCCCGCAUAUAUUGCGUGAUGGCCUGACAGAAUAUCCUGUUGGCCAGCGAUCACGACAGCGCUUCCCAGGCUUCCCAUGUCGAAAAGACCCAAAGUCCCGUGGCCUGAGGAGAAGUUGGCAUUGUAACGUUGCCGACCCUCGUCCAUACAAAACCAGCCAUGUCUUCCUCUGCUGGCUAUCAUCUUCUCCAGCAGGGCGACUCCUCCGACUCACCUGAAUCAUCUCCUGACGUACACGAGACAGCCAUGGGAAAGAGACUCGGCACCUUCAGGGCAUGCUAUGUCGUCGGCCUAUGUUGUAUCGGUUCCUUCCUCUUUGCCUAUGACACGGGCAUAGUUGGAGGCGUCUUGACGCUGGCGAGCUUCCAAAGAGAUUUCCGUUAUACCAAAGCCGAAAAGACUCAGGUCAAUUCAAAUUGUGUCUCUAUCUUGCAAGCAGGCGCCUUUUUCGGCUGUUUUGCAAUAUGGCCCUUGACCGCCCGGUUGGGUCGGAGAUGGGGCUUCAUCAUUGCCUCGGUCGUCUUCUGCAUCGGCGCAAUCAUGCAAGUGGUCAAUACUCAUUCAAUCGGUGUCUUCUAUGCCGGCAGAGUCAUAUCAGGAUUCGGCACUGGAGCUGCAACUGUACUUACGCCCAUGUAUGCUGCGGAAAUGGCUCCCAAGGAAAUCCGAGGCAAGCUGGGCUCUUGCUUUCAGCUUUUCUUCGCAACUGGGGUGACAGUAUCCUAUUGGGUAGACUACGCUGCCCAAGCUGGGAUUUCCAGUGACUCGUCGACACAAUGGCAGGUCCCCGUCGGGCUUCAGCUCGUGCCUGGUACGCUACUCGGCCUGGGCAUGCUUCUUGUCAAGGAGUCGACCAGAUGGCUGGCAAAGAAGGGGCGCAAUGAAGAAGCAUAUGCUUCACUCCUUUGGGUCCGUGGUGGUGUCGACGGACCUGAAAUCCGUGCCGAGUUCUCAGAGAUCUUGGUUGGCGUCGAACUCGAGGUCCGCCAGUCUGAAGGUCUGACCUGGAAGGAGCUUCUGCUUCCUUCAAACCGGUACCGGAUGUUCAUCGCCAUCACUGUUCAACUCGCAGCACAGCUGACUGGCAACACUUCCCUUGCCUACUAUGCCCCUCAGAUAUUCGCGACUAUUGGCGCAGGAAGCAAGACUCUCUUCAUCACGGGCUUUUUCGGAAUCGUCAAGAUGACUGGCGUCCUGAUCUUCAUCUUCUUUGUUGUGGACAGAAUCGGCCGCCGUAUUCCUUUUAUGGUUGGAGCGUUUGCCAUGGGCAGCUUCAUGCUCAUCAUCGCCUUGAUUGUCGAUACACACCCACCUAAAGCUUCAGCGACUGGGAUAACGGCCUCCGGAGCUGCAGGGAUCGCAAUGGUUUAUCUGGAGGCCUUCAGUUUCAACAUGUCGUGGGGUGCUUUGCCCUGGCUUUAUCUAGGAGAGCUUUUCCCCAAUCGCAUCCGUGAGAUCGGUAUCGCGACUGGUGCUGCGAGUCAAUGGCUCUUCAACUUCGUCAUGAGUCAGAUCACGCCUCACGCUAUUUCCAACAUCGGAUGGCGCACUUUCCUCAUGUUCGCUAUCUUCAAUUACGCCAUCAUUGUCUACAGCUACUUCUUCUUGAAGGAGACUAAAGGCAAAAGCCUGGAGGAGAUGGAAGUGGUUUUUGGGACUGUCGAGAGAUUGCCCAGUAAGGACAAUGAUGAGGCGGAAUCUCAGGCGGGGCAGGAGCAACAACCCAGGGAGCUGCCCGAGACGAUCAAAUAGAUGUAAGAGAUUUGCGGCAUGCAUGUUGAAGUACAUGGAGCCAACAUAUGUACUCAUAUUCGAGACCAUAGAAAUCUCUAUUGCUCAACUAUUCUGGCCCCUAACAAGGCUCCC